CAAACUUUUUAAGCCUAUACUGGAAAUUUAGUGCAUCACAACAUAUAUGCUAUUUUGCAAUACAGACGAAUAGAUAAUUAAAAGUAGAUACGAACGGAGAUAAGACAAAUUUACUUAUUAUUUGUAAAGCAUGAUAUCAUUAUAUAGAAAAUUACUUUAUUCUAUAAUUGUCUUACUGUUCGUAACGAGUUUAUCGAUUAGUUUACUGAUGACGUUUAUGCACGAAAAAUUAUUAAAAACUGGAUAUAUCUCCUCUAAAGCCGAAACAUCGUCUGUAGCCGGAUUCAAGUUAACAGAUAAAAUAGAAUUAAAUAAAAUAAACAAGAAAUACGAAGAAUCUUGUGGAAGAUUUUUAAAAGAUAUACAAAUAUUGGAUAGUUGCCCUUGUCUAUCGAAUAAAUUAGUUGGCAGAAGAAAAGCGCUUGUUGUUCCCAGAAACUGGUCAGAUAUAGAGAUCGCAUUUAAAGGAACUCUCCAAACAAAUGGCGAAUUUAGGCCCCAUUGCAACAAAUGGCAGACUAUCGCUAUAAUAAUACCUUUUAUGAAAAGAGAAAUGCAUUUACGAUUGUUCAUCGAUCAUAUUCAUCCGAUAUUACAAGCCCAACAAAUACAUUAUAGAAUAUUUGUUAUUGAACAAAAUCAACCAAAUAUAUUCAACAAAGGUACAUUGAUGAAUAGUGGAUAUUUAGAAGCUAAGAAACAUUUUCAAUUUGAUUGUGUGAUCUUUCAUGACGUUGAUAUGUUAUCUGAAGAUGACAGGAAUAUUUAUAAUUGUAUAGAUUCUCCUAGGCAUAUUGGAAGUCACGUAGAUAUUUUUCAAUAUAGAUUGUUUUAUGAUAAAUUGGUGGGUGGCGCUUUGGCCUUUGAGAUAAAAGAAUUUGAGAAUAUUAAUGGGUAUUCUACAAAAUUUUUCGGUUGGGGAGGAGAAGAUGAUGAUAUGUACAAUAGGCUCUUUUACAAAGGACUCAAAAUAACCAGAUACGAUGAACAGUUUUCAAAAUUUCGUAUGAUUCAACAUAAUAGGGAUGCUCAAAAUCCUAAUAAUAUUUAUAAGUUUAAUUCAUUUUAUCCGAAUCCGUCCCAUUACAACACCGACGGAUUGUCAUCAACGUAUUACAAAGUUGUUUCCGUUAAAGAGGGUCCUCUAUUUACAAGUAUUAAAUUAAACUUAGAAGUUGCUCAAAAUACCGAAUAUACAAACGAAGAAUUCGAAAUAUCAAGGAAGCCAAUUGAAAGAAAUACAAGUGUUGAGAAUGAAGAACAAUGCGCUGUUGAUUGCUACAGAAAGCCGAUUUGUUAUGGUUAUAAUUUUAUGGGCAAAAAAUGUUAUUUAUGGAGUAAUCAUAUUCUCAAUUCAACUAAAACUCAGUUUAAGACUUUAAAACGGAAGAUAGCGAAUGAACAACUGCUAUUAGUGGACUAUCAAAGAUUUGACGGUUUAUGCAAAGGAGAGUCAUCUAUUUAUCGGCAGAUGUCGCCAACAGAGUGCUCUAGGACUUGUAAAAAUGACGCUACCUGUCGGCUAUUUUCUUACAACUAUAACGAGGACGCAGUAGAACCUUGUUUAAAGAUUGAUAAUUCAAAUUGUUCGAAGUCUAAUUUGCAUAAGUUAGAUAAUAUAUUCACCUACUUUAAAAAGAAUUUAAGUUAAUAUUUUAUUGAUUUUUGCUCAAACUACAUCAAUUAGUGUUGUUCUUUUAUUAUUAUCUUUAGAUAAAGUUAGAUUUAAUGACGUGAACUUUUCGAUAAAAAAUGGUGAUUGUUUUCAAGAGGAUAUAGCUUCCAUCAGAGAUUUUCCAGCAGAUGAAUGUUCAGGUGAAAAGAAAAAAAACAGCAGACCUCUAAAAAUAUGAAUAUUAUAUGUCAUACUGUUUUCAAGCUAUAUUUAAAUAAAGUAUACACGUUUCUUUUUUUUUUCUUUCCAGUAAAAUGUAAAGAAACUAAAGAAUGUGAAGGAUACGUUAUAUCCUAUCAGAGUUGUUAUCUAAAGAAGAAAAUCCGAGAAUGUGUACCAAAAUCCUCUACAUUCUCUUAUGUAAUGAAAAACUCGACACUCGAAGAAAUAGAUAUGAAUAAAAUAUUAUCUCAAGGGGAUUAAAACAAGAAGUAUUGUAGAUAUUGUUGAAGAAAACGGCAAGAAGAGAAGAUUGAGAGAAAGAAAGAAAGAAAAAAGGAAAAAAGAAAUUUUUAUCCCUUGUAUAGAAAUAAAAAAACGAAAAGAGACUGUAUCAAAUGAACGAGUUAUUCGUUGUUAUUAAAUUUAUUUCUUAUUAUUAUCAUUAUGACAAAGCUUUGCUUUGGUUAGCUUUAACCUUAUUAAUUAAUUAAGUAUAUAAAUAGUUAGCAAUUAGUCAUCUUUCCAUGUUAAAAAUAGCUUAUAUAAACAUUUGAAGUAAAACAUUUCGAUUAUUCUAAACCUUUCGGGAAUUUUAGUAAGGUUCAUUUAACUUGAAAUUCUCUACAGUAUCCUUUUCUUGUUGACUCUGCAGCUUUUCUAGUAAUAACUAAUUAAUUAGCAAUAAUUCUAAGCAGUUGGAUGUUUUUGUAGAA